ACGAUGUGGCAACACACGAUCGCCCCUUUGUUAAGCAGCCCCAUGCGGCUCGGCAGUGCCGUGCGAACAGCAGGGAUUUCCACUAUUGGUCGCGAUGCGGCAACAGGAAGGUGAGCAGUAUUGAGAAAGCCAGCCGAAUAAUGGAAGCCAUGUAUGUUGAGCACGGACCUCCGGACUACUUCUUUAGACAAUCUAGCUUCAGGCCUACAUCUUGUCGUAGAGUGCCCUGUACUCCGUGAAGCUGUACCAUUCUCACAAUAGAAGUUAUCGCCGACAUGGCUUCCAAGCUGGCGCCUUGGGUGCUUAGGACCGGAUCGCGGACGCUGCGUAGUGCAUCGAGACAGCAGCGGCGGAGCUUUCAAACUGCGACAGUGAGGCGGAGCGAAACGUUCGUAGUGCACCGCGAUACCCCUGACAACAAUCCGUCAAUACCAUUCAAGUUCAAUGCGCAGAAUGAGAAGCUCAUACAAGAGGUGCUUAGCCGGUACCCUAGCCAGUACAAGAAGGCGGCGGUGAUGCCGCUGCUGGAUCUUGGACAGCGACAACAUGGCUUCACGAGCAUCAGUGUCAUGAAUGAGGUGGCGAGAAUACUGGAGAUGCCUCCGAUGCGAGUUUACGAAGUCGCCACUUUCUACACGAUGUACAAUCGCAACCCGGUUGGCAGAUUCCACGUGCAGUGCUGCACGACGACACCUUGCCAACUUCGAGGCAGCGACAGCAUCAUGAAGGCUAUUGAAGAGCAGCUCGGCAUCCACCACGGUGAGACCACCCCAGACAACAUGUUCACCUUCACCGAGGUCGAAUGCCUCGGCGCGUGCGCCAACGCUCCCAUGGUCCAAAUCAACGACGACUACUACGAAGACCUCACGGCAGAGACAACCAAGUCCCUCCUUCAAGCGCUGAAGGAGGCCGCGGAGAAGACUGGUGCCGGCGGCAUGGCGCCCGGCCUGGCUGGCUCAGCCGGCAAGGAUGAUGUUUCUGGAGAGUCCUCCGGAAGACCCGUGAAGCAGGGUGGCGAAGGCUACUCGGCACAAGGCGCAAGUCUCCCUGCGCCUGGCCCCUUGAGCAAGCGGAUUUCGUGCGAGCCGGCUCAUGGCCUUACGAGCUUGACGGGUGAGCCCUGGACUGCUGAGCAGGUGUUCCGAAAGGACGGCGCAUUGUAGAUGUGUACAUACCGUUGUACUAUAGGGUGUAUCGAGGUCGGUCCAGGCCGUCACAUCGAGCUUGACCACUGAACUAUCAGGCUGGUGUGCAAGCAGAGCUCACGUGGAUAAAAGGCCAGCUG